UCUCUGAUAAAUAUCUCGUCGGUGCUCGGCAAGACAAUUGAUUACAUCUUUUCUCGUGUAUUUCAGAACGCAUGUGUUUUACAACGCUAUCUAUCGAAUCAGUUGACGCCUUCAUGUAGUUCGCUCUCUUCGUAUUUCUUACUUUUUGACGUAACGAUUGAUAGUGUAAUUUGUUUACAAAAAAUUGAUAGAGCUUGUAAUUUUAAUUCUACGUAUUAUGGCUGGAGAAGUCAUUGUUGACGCACUGCCCUACAUCGACCAAGGAUACGAUGAGCCAGGCGUGCGAGAAGCGGCGUUGGCGAUGGUCGAGGAAGAGACACGACGUUACAGGCCGACGAAAAAUUAUCUGGAACAUCUGCAGCCACUGUGCAUAACUUCCUUCGAGACGGAGGUGCUGAAGCACGAAUUCGAGAGGAUGCAGUCUCGUCUGCCGAUGGAAGUGCUCAGUAUGAAGCGUUACGAGUUGCCACCGCCUGCGUCCGGCAAGCUCAACGAUUUGACUGCGUGGAACGAGAGUGUGGAGAACAGUAGUGCACAACUGGAGCAUCAAGGUACCAGAAUCUGUAAUUUGGAAUUGAUGAUGGAUUACGGUUGCGAAGCGUGGAAGUCCUACUUGGAGGUGCUGGUUCAGCUGCUGGGUCACGCGCAGAAGCAGCUGCAGACGCUGAGGAAAAAGAUUCAGGAGGUCAAUUGGCAGAGGAAGUCGAUGCAGACCCAGGGUGGCGACAAGCUGCGAGCACUCGAGGCGCAGUGGGUCAGUCUGGUGUCGAAGAAUUACGAGAUCGAGCAGGUUUGCGUGCACUUGGAGGAGGAGCUGAGAACCCUGAUGAAUAAGGAGGCCGUCGAGAUUAAUGACGUGCCGGCGGAGGAUGGGGCCGACGUGCCGGGGAAUAACGCCACGGAGACUAUGGCGUUGCAGAUACAGCAGCAGGAGAAUCAGGACGCUUAGUGUAAUUAAAAAAUUGAAGAGGCUGAUCAAUAAACUGCCGGGAAAGGCGCUCGGCGAGUACCGACUGCUGCCGUUAUUUUUCAUCUUCGGGGCUG